ACCCCCAGCUCCUACCACGAUCGCCAGCGCCGGAGCGCCAAGCAGAGAGCACACCUCGGCCGCGGCGGGCAUGGACUGGCACGCGUGGCUGUCGGGGGCGCGGCUGGAGCCGGCGCUGGUGUACGAGUACGCGCUGGUGCUGGCGCGCAACGAGCUGGAGGCCGACGACGUGGCCUUCUUCGACCACGAGCUCCUCCACAGCAUGGGCAUCUCCGUCGCCAAGCACCGCCUCGAGAUCCUCAAGCUCGCCUGGCGCGAACGCAGGGCCCGCGCCCGCGCCCGGACCCGCCCCGCCGCGCUGGCCCGCCGCAUCCUCGGCCGCGUCGCCAGGUGCGUGCGCGGGCUCGUGCGCCGCGACGAGGGCUACUCCACCGCGCUGGUGCUGGUCCCGAGCCAGCAGCCGCCCGACGCCGGCCGCAGCCCGGCCCCGGCGGGGGUCCCCCAAAGGCAGCAGCGCCGCGGCAAGGCGCUGCGGAGAGCCACCUCCGAGCCCAACAAGGGGUCCACGCCCAGGUCCGCCAUCGGCGGCAGGGCCGCCGCCGCCGUGCACGCCGUCGGGGACGUGGAGAACGGCGACGGCGACGAGAUGGUCAGGUGGGACCGCCUCUUCCAGGACCUCAAGCCCAACUGACGCUGCCAUGAUCGUCGGGAACUCAGUCAUCAGUGUUUAGUAGUGUGCUAAUGAUUGUGCCUAGUAUGUUCAAUGUGUGAGUGAUGUUGAUGUGCUCUACUCCGCGUCCAGUCCCGUCGAUAUUGUUGCAUGUACAGUCCACAUAGUCUAUGAUCGGAACUGGCCGUCAGACUUCUGGUUUGGUUUUUUUGUUUUACAGUGAGGUUGCUGCUGUGCAAUAAAAAAAAAGAUGAAUUGGUGAUCU